UGGGGGGUGGGGGGACAGAGGAAACAGGGACAGCUGGUGGUAUAGCGCAAAAGAGCGGAGGGCUGGAGCAACGGUGACUGGAGCAGCAGAAGCACCAUGGCGCAAGCCGCCAAGCAGCUCCGCAAGACCAAGGACCUCGCGGAGGCCGCCGCCCAGGAGCAGAGGGAGAAGGAGGAGGAGAAGUUAAAAAAAAGGAAUCGUUCCAGGGACCGCAGGCGCAAGAGAUCAUGCAUGGCCGAUGCAGCCACCAGCUUCCUGCGAGCAGCUCGUUCGGGGAACUUGGACAAGGCCCUGGACCACAUCAAGAAUGGAAUCAACAUCAACAUAGCAAAUCAAAAUGGUCUAAACGGGUUGCAUCUGGCCUCCAAAGAAGGUCAUGUCAAAAUGGUUUUGGAGCUUCUUCACUCUGGCAUCGAGCUGGAAGCAACCACCAAGAAAGGGAACACUGCCCUUCAUAUCGCAGCUCUGGCUGGACAGGAGAAAGUGGUGGCUGAGCUCGUCAACUAUGGUGCCAAUGUCAAUGCCCAGUCCCACAAAGGUUUUAGCCCGCUCUACAUGGCUGCACAAGAGAACCAUUUGGAGGUGGUCAAGUUCCUGCUUGAGAAUGGCGCCAACCAGAGUCUCCCAACUGAGGAUGGCUUCACGCCUCUUGCCGUGGCUCUCCAGCAGGGCCAUGAGAAUGUUGUGGCCCUGCUCAUCAACUACGGCACCAAGGGCAAAGUCCGCCUCCCCGCUCUACACAUCGCUGCACGAAACGACGACACACGCACAGCCGCCGUUCUCCUGCAGAACGACCCCAACCCUGAUGUUCUCAGCAAGACUGGUUUCACUCCUCUUCACAUAGCAGCACACUAUGAGAACAUGAGUGUAGCUCAGCUGCUGCUCAACAGAGGAGCCAAUGUGAACUUCACCCCUAAGAAUGGCAUCACACCCCUUCAUAUAGCUUCCAGAAGAGGCAACGUUAUGAUGGUCAGACUACUGCUGGACAGAGGAGCACAGAUUGAUGCCCAAACCAAGGAUGAGCUGACUCCUCUCCACUGUGCAGCCAGGAAUGGUCAUGUUCGCAUUAUUGAGAUCCUGUUGGAACACGGUGCUCCUAUCCAGGCUAAAACAAAGAACGGGUUAUCCCCAAUCCACAUGGCAGCUCAAGGGGAUCACAUGGACUGUGUCAGGCAGCUACUGCAAUACAACGCUGAGAUCGACGAUAUCACGCUGGACCACCUAACCCCGCUUCAUGUAGCAGCCCACUGUGGUCACCACCGCAUGGCCAAAGUUCUCCUGGACAAGGGAGCUAAAGCCAAUGCUCGUGCUUUGAAUGGCUUCACGCCUCUUCACAUCGCCUGCAAGAAGAACCACAUGCGGUCCAUGGACCUGCUCCUAAAGCACUCUGCUUCAUUAGAAGCCGUCACUGAGUCUGGUCUCACUCCUCUUCAUGUAGCAGCAUUCAUGGGUCAUCUGAAUAUUGUCAAGAAUCUCCUCCAACGGGGAGCUUCACCUAAUGCUUCCAAUGUGAAAGUGGAGACUCCCCUCCAUAUGGCCUCCAGAGCAGGACACUGUGAAGUCGCUCAGUUCUUGCUGCAGAACGCAGCGCAGGUGGAUGCAAGGGCGAAGGACGACCAGACGCCCCUACACUGUGCCGCUCGAAUGGGCCACAAGGAGCUUGUCAAGCUGCUCCUGGACCACAAGGCCAACCCAGACUCAGCCACAACUGCAGGACACACGCCCUUACACAUUGCUGCUCGCGAGGGACACAUCCACACCAUCCGAAUUCUGCUAGACGCCGGAGCACAGCAGGUCAAAAUGACAAAGAAAGGUUUCACUCCUCUCCAUGUGGCCUCUAAAUACGGAAAGGUGGAUGUGGCAGAGCUCCUUCUGGAAAGAGGAGCCAACCCCAACGCAGCCGGAAAGAACGGCCUGACACCGCUUCAUGUGGCCGUCCAUCACAACAACCUGGAUGUUGUUAAACUCCUGGUCAGCAAAGGAGGAUCAGCACACAGCACUGCCCGAAACGGUUACACGCCUCUCCACAUAGCUGCCAAGCAGAACCAAAUCGAGGUGGCCAGUGUUCUGCUCCAGAAUGGAGCCUCUCCAAACUGCGAAUCCCUCCAAGGCAUUACGCCACUGCACCUGGCUUCACAGGAGGGACGGCCAGACAUGGUUGCCAUGCUCAUCUCCAAGCAGGCCAACGUGAAUCUAGGAAACAAGAAUGGACUGACUCCUCUUCAUCUCGUAGCUCAGGAGGGUCAUGUGGGAAUCGCAGACACGCUGGUCAAACAAGGGGCUUCUGUUUAUGCUGCCUCGCGGAUGGGCUACACACCUCUUCACGUGGCCUGUCACUAUGGCAACAUCAAAAUGGUGAAGUUCCUUUUGCAGCAGCAGGCUCAUGUGAACGCCAAGACGAGGAUGGGUUACACCCCCCUUCACCAGGCGGCUCAGCAGGGCCACACUGACAUCGUCACCCUGUUGCUGAAACAUGGAGCACUUCCAAAUGAGAUUACUUCAAAUGGGACAUCCCCCCUGGGCAUUGCUAAGCGGCUAGGAUACAUAUCUGUGAUUGACGUCCUGAAGCUGGUUACGGAAGAGUCUGUUUCCACGAUCACUACGGAAAAGCAUCGGAUGAGCUUUCCAGAGACCGUCGAUGAGAUUUUGGAUGUUUCUGAAGACGAAGGGGUUGCACAACUAACGUUAGGCGACGAGCUUCUAGGUUUGGAUGGAGCACGAUACUUUAAACUCGAUGACUUCAAGGACCAGGAUGAUGACUUUCUCUCACCUAAAAAGACUCUUAGAGAUUUUGAGGGGGGUGUUGGAACCACGCCAUAUUCUCCUGCUAUUCCAAGGAUCCCCUGUGUGUCUCCAGAGACGGUUCAGCUGGACCAGCACACCCCCAUCCCUUUGCCAAAAGAGUAUGACGAAGACUCGCUGAUCCCCAGCAGUCCAGCCACAGAGACUUCAGACAACGUCAGCCCCGUGGCCAGCCCCAUUCACACAGGCUUCCUAGUGAGUUUUAUGGUGGAUGCUCGGGGAGGCUCCAUGCGAGGCAGCAGACACCACGGCCUGCGGGUCAUCAUCCCUCCUCGCACCUGUGCAGCACCGACCCGCAUCACCUGCCGCCUUGUCAAGCCGCAGAAACUCACCACACCUCCUCCACUGGUGGAAGGGGAAGGUCUCGCUAGUCGGAUCAUCUCCUUGGGUCCGUCCAGUAUGCAGUUCCUGGGACCUGUGAUAGUGGAAAUCCCUCACUUUGCCUCAUUGGGUCGGGGGGACCGAGAGCUCGUCGUCCUACGCAGCGAAAACGGCUCCGUCUGGAAGGAGCAUCGUAAUCGCUAUGGGGACGAAGUCCUGGAAACAAUUCUAAACGGCAUGGAUGAAGACUUGGAGAGUCAGGAGGAACUGGAGAAAAAGAGAAUCCGCCGGAUCAUCUCCACAGAUUUUCCCCUUUACUUUGCCGUCGUCUCCCGCAUUCAACAGGAAAGUGACCUGAUUGGUCCAGAAGGCGGCCGGCUGACCAGUAAACUGGUGCCUCAUGUGGAGGCCAUCUUCCCCGAAUCUGCUGUCACUAAGAGAGUUCGGCUGGGACUGCAGGCUCAACCAAUCCCGGAUGAACUGCUAACAAGGCAGCUUGGUAACCAGGCAACCUUCAGUCCAGUGGUGACCAUUGAACCACGCAGGCGCAAAUUCCAUCGUCCCAUCGGACUGCGUAUUCCUUUACCACCGUCCUGGCGGGAAAGUCCUCGUGAUGCAGGCGAAGGAGACACCACCAGCUUACGCCUCCUCUGCAGCGUCAUAGGUGGAACAGCUCCAGCUCAGUGGGAGGACAUCACUGGAACCACCAAGCUGAUGUAUGCUCACAACUGUGCCAGUUUUACCACCAACGUGUCUGCAAGAUUUUGGUUGGCAGACUGUCCGCGCACGGCAGAAGCAGUGACUUUUGCUAAUUUGCUGUACAAGGAGCUGAUGGCCAUUCCAUACAUGGCCAAGUUUGUUAUUUUUGCAAAGAUGAAUGAAGCACGUGAAGGCCGAUUGCGAUGUUACUGCAUGACAGACGACAAGAUGGACAAAACUCUGGAGCUGCAUGAAAACUUCAGCGAAGUGGCACGCAGUCGAGAUAUUGAGCUUAUGGAAGGGAUGCCGCUUCACCUGGAGUGUUCUGGGAAUUUGGUGCCCAUCCGAAAGGCAACCCAACAGCCUCGUAGCUUCAGCUUCCAGGCCUUCAGAGAUAACAGAUUGCCAGUGUCUGUCAAGGUCAGAGACAGCAACAAGGAAGCCACAGGGUUUUUGUCUUUUCUACGAAAGUGCACCAAGUAUGAGGACGCCCAGCAUGUGCUAUGUAACCUCAACAUAACUAUGCCACCUUGUGUCAAGGUUGCUGGAAGUGAGGAGCGCAGGAGAACUUUAACCCCUCUUGCCCUAAGAGAGCGUUACAGUGCACUGAACGAUCCCGCUGCAGUAACAGUGAACGCCAUGGAGAGGACGGAGAUCAAAAUCAACAUAAUAUCUGAACAGCUGGGGUUGAGCUGGGCAGAGUUGGCCAGAGAGCUUCAGUUUGGUGUGGAUGACAUAAACAGGAUCCGUGUCGAGAAUCCAAACUCCCUGCUGGACCAAAGCUCCACUCUGCUCAACCUGUGGGCCAGCCGAGAGGGCAAGAAGGCCAAGAUGGAGAGCCUUUACACUGCUCUGAGGAACAUCGACCGUGCAGACAUUGUAGCUUCGCUGGAGGGUCAGCCCCCACCAGCGGGACCAGAGUCUUUGGAGGAAGGCGCUUGCCGCCUCAGCGACCGUGACUCCACCUUGCUCUCCCCCAGUGUCAUUAAUGAGAACACGGACACAAGGCCAUCGUGCCUCGUGCACAAGCCACGAGUUAUUAGAGCCCCGUUUUUCAGAAGGGGUUAUGGGCUGGUACAGGAGGAGCUUCUUUCUCCCGCUUCCCUGCAGUACAGUUUGCAGUCUCCACUGGGCGUGGAGCCCUAUUGGCAGGAAGUCUCCAGCCUGGAGUGUGCGCCCAUCGCCACCACAGAGGAGGACACUUUGAUGGAGAUGUCUGAUGUUCAGGUGUGGCCAGCAGGGGUCAGCCCUUCACUAGUGACUGUGGAGGACUCUUCUCUGGAGGGCAGCAGUCGGGCGGAUGACUCAGAGGGGGCCACGCUCUCCCUACCCUGCAGCCUGGGCCGCCCAAGCAGUGGUGCUAGCGGUGCCAGCGGUUCCAUUAUGGAGUUGGAAGAAGAGGAGGAGGAGGAGGAGGAUGAAGGGGAGGUUGAGGAGGAGGAGGCACCACAUGAGCCAGCGAGCGCACUGGCAGAAAGGGACAGAGCGAGGGCCAGUGGCGCCGUGCCCAAGGUCAAUCAAAAUGGGCAGCUGGGAGGUCAGAGGUCGGACGCCAGGAGAGGGGAGGCGGUGGGAGCAGGACGAAAAGGAACUCAGGGACCAGGGCUGGGCUCAGUGGACAGGGUUUCUCUUGUUUCAGGCCAACAGGUGUACACCCACGGAAGUGAGAUGAGUGGUCCAAGUCUGUCAACAGAACACAAUGGAGACAACCGGUUGGUGGGAGGAGGAGCAUUUCAGCCCUACUUACCUGACACGGACUCCCUGCAGGGCUGGAUGGGCUCGGUAUCAGCUGAACGUGAAAGCAGCAUUCCAGGCUUGCACGCGGCCCAAGAGGCGCUGUUGACCCCGAGAGAGUUGAAGGAGGACUUUUCUGCUGAGGUUCAGUUUGCUGAAGAGCGUGGGAAUGCUCUGUCUAAAAAGGUGCGUCAGGUGGGGGUGGAUGUGAGAAAGGGUGUUCAGUCAGUGCAGCGCUCCAGUCUGCGGAGAGUUAAACACUGAAACACACAUACCACCCAGUCUUUCAGGACAAGAAAGCCACUGCCAAACCCUCCUCCACAAAAACACGACCAGACAGGAGAGGAAAAUGACCGGCGGGGUGAUGAAGAUGACGGAGAAGACCCUGAUCGGAAAAAAAAACCCAAACAGAAUCAUCCUUGGCCUGUGACCGUGGAGCGUUACAAAAAAAAAAGAUGACAAAAAAAACAAGAAAAGUUCAACUUGUAGUUUUAUAAUAUUUGUAAAGAAAAAAGUAUAAAGUGAACUAAGGCAUGAUUUGUUUUUAUAUAAAAAAAAUUAUAAUGUUGGUACAACAACAAAAAAAAGCAACAAAGUGCUUCCUGUGAACAGUAAUCGCAUGAUAACUGCUGGUGCAUGCCCUUUGACCUUUUGAAAUGUCAUUAUCUACAAACUGAAGUAUGAAAGCUGGCCACAAGUCUUUUUUAAGGACCCCCCUCCCCCGGUGGAGUGGUCAGUCCUAUAACCCUACAGCCAAAAAUAAUCCCACAGAGGAUGGUUCCGUUAAGAGCAAGGCCGCCGCUGAGCUUUCCAAUGCUUCUUUCUCUGGACCUUUUCCUUAUAUUCUUAAUGUGAUAUAUGCACUCUAUGCUAUUUGGACAUGUAUCAGUGUGUGUGUGUGUGCGUAAAUCUCUACCGCAUGUGUUUCCUGCUUCUGGCUUUGAGCCCCGCCCCAUGAUUGGCUUGCUGUCCAUGUGAUGUCACGGCCUGCUCAGCACCAGAAUGAGAAAGCCACUGCGCUCCUCGCUUAAAAAUUCUCAUCUACGUGUUCAACUGUUUGGUUUGUUUGACUUUUUUUUUCCCCCAGUGUGCCAGCUCGCUUCUUGUUUGUUUGUGUCUUCAGACCUGUCCACUUCGGUUUUUGAACUUCUUCCGACUCUAGGGAAUCUCUGUCACCCCUCUUGUGUUCAGGAGGAAAUGUGUUUUCAAGAUUUUGGGAAUGUUUUUCUACGCUAAAGCUACUUCGAUUGUGUUAAGCUGCAGCUCUUUGACACAAAUCCCGUAUUUUGUUGUACGUAAUUGAGACCUUUCAAAGUUCUUCCCUUCUUUUCUCUCCAGUAGCCUAGAGCCACCACCACCUCCAACACUGGAUUCUGCUGCUUUUGUGUUCUUCGCAGCUCCUCACUGUCCAAUUUUUGGUCGUACUUUAAGGGAAAAGAGAAAAAAGACAAGUAGGUGGAGAAAACAUGAAGAAUUGAGUUUGAAGGAGACAUCGGAAGAUUUCUGACUUGUAGGAAGCACUGUGAUUGUCUCAUCAACACUGACCCCAGACUCGUGAACUGGCUGGACAAACAUAUUAUAUAUAGAUAUAUAACCAUGGAUAAAUGACCAUUUCCUUAUCCGAUAGUUGAGUGGCAGCAAUAAACAAAAAGAUGGCAUGAAAGUUGGGGUUUAGGCUGUGUAAAGACUUGAAAAAUCAAUGUUGUGAAGGAAUAAACUCAUCCAUAAAGACAGAUGGUCCAUCUGGAGGCACGUUGGCCAAUUCUUCAGCUGAUGCAAGACCAAAUGAUUUUGCUGUAGCACGAAAAGUCCGGACAUUUUGCUGUUGUUUCCUAUUCCUUUUCUCAGCACUUACGUAGCAAAAAUAUUAAAAAAAAAACAAACAUAAUUAUGUUCAUUUAAAGCUAUAUAUUGUGCAUUAAGAAGUUUCAGCGCUGUCCUUGACGUGAAACCAUCCGAAAUACAUUUUUUUCAAAAGUUUUUUUCUCACAUUUUAAAAACCCAUUUCUGUGAAGCUUUCACUAUCAACACUUUAUGCAGGAACCUGACGGCAGCAUUUUGUACAGGUUGUAUCACAGUAGCACACAAACAUCCCAUGAGUACUGUAAAUGCUGUUACCUAAACGAGUAACGCUAACUGAACGAACACAGCAGUUAGAAACGAAUGCACACAUUUUGUCUGUGCGCAUCAUCCGAUAAAAGCACAUGGCUUUUUGACAUCACAUUCUCCACUCAGGUUUUCAGUUCUGCUCUGUCAGAAACAAAAAUAGGCUUGACUUUGAAGAACGGUGUGGCACAUGUCUCAGAGGGGGGGCUUUACAGUGUGGCAUCAGGGGUGGGGGUGCAUGAGUGACUCUGUGUGUUUGGGCUCUGAUUCAGAAAAGACCUAUAAGGUGCAGAGUGUGCCAGGAGCCUCCUGCUGUUUCUUGCUCUUGUGUCAAAUUUAUUCUGAUUAAUUAAAGAAAAAAGAUUCAUUGUCUUUCAGUGUGUUCUAAAAGAUUUCUGUCAUUUUUGAAAGUUUUAUUUUGAAAGUUCCUCUUUCGUUUUAUGGAUUUAUUUUGACUCACUCUUACCUAAUCAUCUGUGCUGCUGACGUGAAUGUCCGGUUUACAAAGCCUUGAGAUGAGAUGCGGAACAGAUACUGACCUAGUUUACCAAACUGUGUACGUUUAGGACAUUUUAGUCAAGUAAUAAUCCUUAAGACAGUUAUAAUCAGUUUUCAAUAAUGGAAAUUAUGCUCAAGAAUAUGGCAUCACCUACCCACAGCAAUGUUUUUGGCAGCAAACAUUUAGAGAUUAUCUAAAUAUUUUCAUCAGAUCAUGUGAUUUUGAGAUUAGAUAAACUUUAUUCAUCCCACAAUUAGGGACAUUGUCUUAUCUUCAGCAGCAAAAAAAAAGACAUUCACAAAUACAAACCGCAAAAGAAUUGGCAUACCCAGGGUAUUUGACAUUUGUAAAUGAUCAAACAAAAUCCACAGUGACCUGUUUUGUGACCUCAACCUGAUUUGGAACUGCUUCCCUUAUCUGUGGGAGCACAACAGUGAAAUUGGAGGAUAAAAAUGAUAAAAUCCUAAUAAAGUUUUUUUUGAAGAUGCUGCAAACAUCUGGAUUCAAAUUCUAGACUUUUACAAUUUGAUUGCAAAGUCUGACUCUUAGGACGUGUUUCCGGAAUCAGAUUUGAGUUGUUUCCCUGAUGUCCAAAGCAUCCUCUGAUAAGCAACACUGUUGCUAUGGUAAUGAAUCUUAAAUUGCCAUAGCUGAUGCUUAGCAAUGAAGAAAAAAAACCUGUUUUGUCAACUUUAUGGGAAAAAUAAAAGAUAACACUAUAUCAAAAAGAAUCUAUUCUCACUAGAUUGAUAAAGUUUUAUUAUAUAAUGUUUUUUUACUAUUGAAUAUUUUGGUUAUCAUCAAUUUUGCAACUUUUAGGAUCAUAACUUUGAUUUUACAUUGUUUUCUCCUUACUUAGCAGGAAGAUUAGGUUUACCUAGAAGUUUGAUAGUCAACCAUGAAUUUAAAAAAGAAAUAACCCUAAAAAUCAGUUUCCAGCAUUUAUAAACACCGUCUGUGAAAUCGGGUUUAGAUGUGUGCGUGCAUGAGUAUGUUUGGUUCCAAACCUCGUCAGAUCAGAAAGAAGGAGAGCAGAUGUUCUACCAAGCAUGAGACUGAAGAAAAAGGGGAAAUCGACGAUCUCGUAUUUUAAAGAGUAUUGUACAAUUAAACCUGUUACAAAGAAUAAAGAUCACCUAUACUCCUUUAGAAUGGAUACAUGACAAUGUAAACGCAAUAUCAUAUUACUCUAUCCUAAGGAAUGCAACUGCGCACAUGCACAAAAAAUGUUUUUAUUAAAAAAAUAUGUAUAAUAUGACAAAAUAUAUUUAUUUAGAAUGCUAUGCACCCUCAUAGAGUCGUUAUGGAUGUUCUUAAAUGAUUAUCUAGCAUAGGCUGACGCCCACAUCAUGGGGAAUGUAGAGGCUUUGUAUCUAUGACCAUUUGUUUUUCUUUUCCUUUGUAUUGUCCUGGAAAGAGGAUAAACAAACGUGAAAAUGUAUAUGAGCCUUUUAAACAGAAUUGUUCUGAAAUGAAGAUAUGUAUAGAUCAUCAUACCCUGUACACCAGCUCUAACCAUUUACAAGACUUAAUAAACAAAGAUGUGAGAUUC